AGGCACAGCUUGGCGCGGGCGGUGGCGCGGGCGGUUAAGCGGAGGGCACAGCAAGUAGUGAAAAGUGUAUAUGAUGAUGAGGAUUAUCUUUUGGCUUUGAUUCUAAAAGAAGACGCAAUGGUUGAAUUACAAUGCAAAGAAAGACUGAAAAAAUAUUGUGAAAACUUAGAAGAAGUAGAUAAAAAGUUAAAUAAAAUCUAUCCAAAACUAAAAGAUAUCUGCGAAGAUAAAGACAAGAAAUGCACAAGUCUAAAAACUAAAAUUACAGGAAAAUGUCAAACACAUAAAACAACCUUAAAUCCUAUAGUAUUAAAAGCUUUAGAAGAAAAUUAUGAUUGUAAGGAGCAUGAACGACAAUGCCUAUUUUUGGAGGGGGCAUGCCCUAGUGUUCUUAUAGAGGAUUGCAACAAACUAAGGAAUCUAUGUUACCAGAGAAAACGUGACGAAGUAGCAGAAGAAGUCCUUUUGAGGGCACUUCAUGGGGAUUUAGAAAACACAACUGAAUGCGAAAAGAAAAUCAAAAAUGUUUGCCAGAAAAUAGGCCAAGAAAGUGAUGAGUUGACAAUGUUAUGUCUUGAUCAGAAGAAAACAUGCGUAAAUCUUGUAAAAAAAGGAAAAAGUAAGUGUAGUACUCUGGAAAAAGAAGUUGAAGGAACAAUCAAAAACAAUGAUAAACAAAGGGAAACAUGCCUUUUAUUGCUUGAGCAAUGUUAUUUUUACAGAAGGAAUUGCAAAGGAGACAAAUUAAAGUGCGAUGAAUUGGGAAAGAAAUGUCAAGAACAAAAUAUUGUUUAUAUACCACCAGGACCCGAUUUUGAUCCAACUAGACCAGAGGCUACAGUAGCAGAGGAUAUAGAACUAGAAGAUUUCUAUAAAAAAGCGGCAAAAGACGGAGUUCUUAUUAGAAGAUUUACACUAAGAGAGACAACUGCUUUGCUUGCAUUGUUGAUUCAGGACUCAAGUGCAACGGGUAGUGAUAAUAAAGAAAAAUGCAAAAAAGCUCUUGAAAAGAAAUGUAAAACCCUUCAAGAACAUGAACCCUUAAAAAGUUUGUGUAAGGGAAGUGGUCUAAGUGAUGAUGGAACGAAAAAAUGUGAAGAAUUGCAAAACGAUAUUGACAAAACUUGCAAAAUUUUCACUUCAAAAGUCAUUAAUAGUCGCCUUUUUGACCCAACAAAAGGAAAUAAUGGAAUUCUUGGAUGGGGAGGGUUGCCAACAUUUCUUAGUAACGAAGAGUGUGCAAGACUAGAAUCUUACUGCUUUUAUUAUAAAGAAGCAUGUCCAGAUGGUAAAAAAGCAUGUGUGAAUGUGAGGGCAGCGUGUUACAAAAGAGGACUUGAUGCACGAGCAAAUAAAGUACUGCAAGAAAAUAUGCGUGGGUUAUUGCAUGGUUCAAAUGAAACAUGGCUUAAGAAGUUUCAACAAGAAUUAGUAAAAGUAUGUGAAAAACUGAAAGAAGAAAAUAAAGGAAGUUUCUCAAACGAUGAAUUAUUUGUUCUAUGUGUACAGCCUACAAAGGCAGCACGGUUACUUACACAUGACCAUCAAAUGAGGGUUAUCUUUUUACGACAACAAUUAGAUCAAAAACGAGAUUUUCCAACAAACAAAGACUGCAAAGAAUUGGGGAGAAAAUGCCAAGAUUUAGGAAAGGAUUCAAAUCAGAUUCAAUGGCCAUGUCAUACGCUAAAGCAACAGUGUGACCGCUUAGGGACUACAGAAAUUUUGAAGCAGGUUUUAUUGGAUGAACACAAGGAUACUUUAAGAACUCAUGAAAACUGUGUAACAUAUUUAAAAGAGAAGUGUAAUAAAUGGUCUAGAAGGGGUGAUGAUCGUUUCACUUUUGUAUGUGUUUUUCAAAACGCUACGUGUGAGCUGAUGGUAAAAGACGUACAAGAUAGGUGUGAAGUAUUCAAGGAAAAUAUACAAACAUCAGAGAUCGUUGAAUUUCUUAAAAAUAAUAAAAAUGAAAUAAGAAGACUGGAAAGAAAUUGUUCCUCCUGGUAUCCGUACUGCAAUAGAUUUUCACCUAAUUGUCCAGAUCUUACUAAAGGAGAUACUUGUGCAAAGAUCAAGGAGCAUUGUGAACCAUUUUAUGAAAGAAAGGCCUUGGAAGAUGCUCUCAAAGUAGAGCUUCGAGGAAAAUUGAAUAAAAAAAAUAAAUGUACUACAGCAUUGAAGGGAUAUUGUACACAAUUAGGAAAAUUAAAUAAUGAAUCUAUCAAAAAUUUAUGCAAAGAUAGUACUCAAGGUAACAAUAAAAAUGCUGAAGACAAAAUGGUAGAAGAGCUUUGUAAGAAAUUAGUGGAAGAAGUGGAACAGCAAUGCAAAGUAUUACCUGUAGAAUUAACGGUGCUGGAAAAAAGUCUAGAAAAAGAUGUUAAAACAUAUAAAGAACUUAAAAAAGAGGCAAAGAAAGCAAUGGAAAAGUCCAAUCUUGUAUUAUCACUCGUUAAGAAAAACGAAAGUAAUGUACCAAAAAAUAAUAGCGAAAACAAUAACGAAAAUAAAACCACACCAAGCAAACGUCAAGAUACCACCGAACAUGUGAAAAUACUACGGAGAGGAAUUAAGGAUGUAUCAGUGACAGAAUUGGAGGUCGAAGCAUUUGACCUAACAGCAAAUGUAUUUGGAAGAUAUGUAGACUUGAAGGAAAGAUGCAAAAAAUUGACCUCAGAUUGCGGGAUUAAGGAUGAUUGCAAAGAAAUAAAAGAUGUGUGUGAAAAGAUACAAGGAGUAUGUUCAAAAUUAGAACCACUAAAAGUGAAGCCACAUGAAAUAAAAACAGUAACGGAAACCAACAUAACAACGGUUACAGAAACAGUCAAAGAAGCAGAAAAAACAGUAGGAGAUGGAGAGAAAUGCAAAUCUCUCAGCACAACAGACACGUGGGUUACACACACGUCUACGCAUACCAGUACAUCCACAACUACGUCUACGGUCACAUCGAGAAUAACGUUGACCUCAACGAGGCGGUGUAAGCCUACGAAGUGCACCACCGGAGACGAUCCAGAAGAUGUCAAGCCAAGUGAAGGUUUGAGAAUGAAUGGAUGGAGUAUAAUGAAGGGGGUGUUACUAGCAAUGAUGAUUUCAGUUAUGAUUUAA